CUGCGCAGCGCCGCUUCCGUACGGCGCAGGCGCAGGCGCAAUCUCGGCCCGUUCUUUCCGUUCCGCAGCACCUUGAGCGAACGACGUGCGGAUUACGAGCGACAGCUGCCGAAGCAAAAUGGAGAACGAUCUGGGAAAUCUGGUCGACCUGUACAUCCCCCGGAAAUGCUCGGCGAGUAAUCGUAUCAUCCACGCCAAGGAUCACGCGUCUAUACAGCUGACUCUGGCCGAUGUCGAUCCGGAAACUGGACGCAUGACCGAUACCCACAAGAUGUACGCGAUCUGCGGAGCGAUCCGUCGAAUGGGAGAGUCCGACGACUGCAUCGUGAGAUUGACGAAGAAUGAUGGAUUAUUAUCUAAAAACUUUUGAUCUAAGUUAUGUGGCGAGUUUAUUUUCAAUAAAUUAAAAAGAUAAACCGGA